AUGAAGGCGGAUUAUCCACUGCCUACGCCAGACGAGGUGAUGAGCAAACUGCAAGGAGGCACGCUCUUUUCCACGUUGGACAUGACACAGGCCUAUCAACAGUUGAGAGUGACAGAGACAACCGCACAGCAGUUGACCAUCAAUACCGUGAAAGGCCUGUACAAAGUCAAGCUGUUACCAUUUGGAAUAGCAGCAGCUCCUGCUAUAUUUCAGAGGUUUGUCGAGAAGCUUCUAGCUGGCAUUGACGGCAUCGCAGUCUACCUAGACGACAUCAUUAUCAGUGGAGCAGACCAACAACAGCACAAUCGACGACUGGAAACAGUACUGGCAAGACUGGAAGAGUCCGGACUGAGACUUAAGAAACCAAAGUGCAAAUCUGCACGCACCGAAGUGGAAUUCUUAGGACAUAAGAUCACAGGUUUGGGCGUGCGGCCGACAGAUGCAAAAAUACGGGCACUACUGAAAGCUCCUGAGCCAACGUCGAAAGAGACCUUACAGUCAUUCCUCGGGAUGUUAGCCUUCUAUGAUCGUUUUUUGAAAGACGGAGCAACUACGGCAGCACCUAUCUAUAAGCUUCUUGCGAAAAACGCAACGUGGAAGUGGACCAGGGAACACAAGACUGCAUUUGACGCGCUCAAGGAACAGAUUUGCCAUGCUCCUGUGCUGGCCCACUACGACCCACACAGACCACUGAUACUAUCAUGCGACGCCUCGCCGUACGGCGUGGGUGCGGUACUGGCGCAAGAAGACAAUGAAGGCAACGAAAGACCUGUCGCUUUCGCAUCCAGGACCUUGGGACCAGCAGAGAGAAAUUACUCUCAACUAGACAAAGAAGGCCUGGCAAUCGUGUAUGCGGUUGUACAUUUCCACAUGUACUUAGCGGGUCGACACGUGCAAAUAUACACUGACCACAAGCCGUUACUCGGGAUCCCCGGAACUACAAAACCUGUGCCACAGUUGACGUCGCCCCGAAUGCUGAGAUGGUGCGUUAAGCCUGCUGCCUAUACCUACGAUCUAAGCUAUCGUCCGGGAAAGCUCAACUCGAAUGCCGACAUUUUGAGCAGGCUGCCGUUGCCGUCUACAGAUGAUGAGCCGUGCCACCAAGCGGAUGUGCUAAUGUUCGAAGCAUUAAGCCGUCCUCCCCUAACUGCAGAAGAAAUCUCGUCAGCAACGCAGAGCGAUCCAGUUCUUUCCGAAGUGUACACCGCUAUUGAAGCAGGGACGUUGUACGAGUUACGAGACGCACAGUUUCGCCAGUUUCGGGCAAGAGUCACGGAAUUUUCCUUCCACAGAGGCUGUAUUCUGCGUGGAUCAAGAGUGGUCAUUCCACAAAGCAAAAAGAAGUCAGGCAAAGCAGGCGUUAGAGUUGGUGCACGCUGGUCACCGUGGCAUCGUGGCUAUGAAAGCCUGUGCUCGGAGUUACAUGUGGUGGUGUGGUAUAGACAACGACAUCGAGGAGAUGGCCAAGACGUGCAUCAGUUGCGGAAGAAUCAGAAGUCUCCCGCGAAGGUGCUACAGCCAGAGUGGACUCGACCCAGCACCCCAUGGCACACCAUUCAUCUAGACUUUGCUGGACCUAUUCGAGGUAUCACAUUCCUAGUAAUAGUGGAUGCCUAUAGCAAGUGGAUGGGGGUCCGGCAAGUGGAAAGUCCAAACUCAGCUACAGUGAUACGAGUGCUCCGCGGCCUCUUUGCGACAUUUGGAAUUCCGCAAAAAGCAGUGUCGGAUAAUGGAACUGCUUUUGUGUCCGAGGAGAUGAAGGAAUUCUACCGGAGAAACGGGGUUAAGUGCGUCACGGCAGCACCUUAUCACCCUGCUACCAAUGGGCAAGCCGAAAGAAUGGUCGGUUAUUUCAAACGGACACUGUCGAAAGCAACAUCGGGAACGCUGGCUACGCAAGUUUCAAGGAUAUUGUUUAAGCAACACACGACGUGUCACGCGACAACAAGGAAGACCCCCGCAAGACUGAUGUUCGGGCGAGAAUUACCCUCGGCUCUGGAUGGUCUCCUACCGAAACGUCACACCAGCCAGCUCGAUAGGCUACCAGAAUCAAGGACACUCCAUGAAGGUGACGUGGUGCUCAUCAGAAACUUCAGCAGCAAGCCAACAUGGGUGCAAGGAGACGUGACCAGAAGAGUGGGUCGCCGUUCGUGGAUGGUGCGCACAGAGGACGGCGAAUGCCGACGUCAUAUCGAUCACAUUAGGCUACUCCGACGUAAGGCACAACUGUUGGACACUGGCACUUCGCCUCUUCUGGCUUGGAACAUAGGCGAUACUGAGGAUCAAGUUACCAGGAACGAGGAAACGUCGUCCGUUCCACCUCCAUUGGAAGGACGGCCUAAGCGACGGUACAGAGAGCUGUUCUGGAAAGCUAGAAGCAAAGCAAAGGAAUCGCACUACCGUUUCAUAUGGGUCAAGAAUGGACGAAUAUUUGUACGGAAGGCUGAGGGAGAAAUGGUUAUUCGGAUUGCGAACGCGGCUGACCUGGAGAACAUCGUGUGA